AUGGCCAGGUCUCAAGAAAACCCACCACCAGUCUUCACCACCACCGCACCUUACUCCCCCAUGAUCACCGAGCGGGAAAAUGAAGGCGCCGACGAAUACGCAGGCGGCGGAUGCGGCUGUUUCCGGCGGUUCUGUUUCGGCGGGAGCCGCAACUCUCUGUUGCGAGAAAGGGGCACCGGCGGCGGGUCGCCGUGGCUGGUGGAGAAAUUGAAGAAACUGAAGGAGUUGUCGGAGAUGGUGGCGGGGCCCAAGUGGAAGAAUUUCGUCAGGAGAAUCGGCAAGUUCUGCAGUCCCAAGAAACACGUGAACAGCACGCAGCAGAACGCGCAGUUUCAGUAUUCGCCGGAGAGCUACGCCCUCAACUUUUCCGGCGGUGAUAGUGAAGAUCACGGCGGCGGCGGAGAAGAAGAAGAAGGCAAUUUGCUGCACAGCUUUUCGUCGAGGUUUGCUAGUGCUGGCCGCCCUUAUCAAUGA